AUCUGGCGGGAGCUCUUUUCUCCUCUGCACGCGCUCAACUUUGGCAUCGGAGGAGACACCACCUGUAAUGUGCUGUGGAGGCUGCAGAAUGGAGAACUGGACAACAUUGGGCCCAAGGUGAGACUCAAUCAGGCCAGCACAGGCCCUGAGAGACGAAAGGGCACAGCACAGGUGGACAGUUGUGGUCCUGGAGUGCUUUUCAUCCAGAUCAGAAUUAUAACACCUGAUUUAAGCUAAUAUAUACCUCGUUGGACCCCUCCAGGUGACGGUGGUGUGGGUAGGAACCAACAAUCACGAGCACUCGGCAGAGCAAGUUGCAGGGGGAAUCCUUGCCAUUGCACAACUGCUCACCUGCCGUCUUCCUAAGACUAAGGUUGUUAUUCUG